GCACAAGGGAUAGAUAAUUGAAUGAAAAGAGCGAGCAAAGGGAAAAUAGAGAAAGAAAUGUGAAGAUAAAUGAGAACUCAAUAAAAAAGCUCACAGUUUUCUUUUUCUAUUUUAUUCAGAACGUUCUUGGAUUUCUUUUUAAAACUUUCAUGCUUUGUUUGUUUUUCUCGGGAAACAAACACAAAGAAUACAUUUUUUGAAUUUUGGAGCUUUGAAAUGGAGAAAAGCUGUGAGUUCUGCACAACUUCAAGACCAGUUGUUUAUUGCAAGUCUGAUGCAGCGCACCUGUGCCUUUCUUGCGACGCGAAGGUCCAUUCGGCCAAUGCACUUUCAAACCGGCAUCUUCGUACCCUCCUCUGUGACUUGUGCCGGCACCGUCCAUCACAUGUUUGUUGUUUCAAUCACAGAAUGUUCUUGUGUCGUGUUUGUGACCAAAGUGUCCAUGAUGUUUCUUCUCACCACCUCCACCAGAGACGAGCAGUUAGUAGCUAUUUGGGGUGCCCUUCGGCUAAGGAUUUUGCAGCAUUGUGGGGUUUUGAAUUGAAUGAAUUGGAUAACAAUGCUACUCAAGACCAGGCUUUGUCCAAUUCAUGUAUUUCUAUGAAUCCCAUAGCAGUUGAACCUGGGAACUUAAGGCAGUCUUCUUUGGGAGCCGGAGUCUCUUUGAGUAAAUCCGGCAUGACUUCUCUCGCUGCUGCAGGACACAACUCUGGAUCAAACUGUCAACGAACCAAGGUUAUUAGCAGAGUUCAGCAAUUGAAAAAUACUUCACUGAUUCUACAACAGAUUAUUGACCUGAAAAAAUUUCAGCUCACUGAGGGAGAUUGCCAUUUGCCUCUCAAUUGUAGCCUAGAACAAGCAGACACAUCUUCUUCAAUAUGCAACUCUUCAAAAAACGAUGAUAGUAAUCUAGUCCAAGAUACUGAUACAAAUAUCCACCAAAGUGACAAUCCGCUCGAGGAGCUAAAUACGGAUAUGGAGAACCUAUUGUCGUCUUCAACUUCCGGGAUGCCUUUUUACGGAGAAUCUAUUUGGCAAUGUAAAAGUCCAAUCCGCAAUAGUCAGUUAUGGUCCCAAAAUAUGCAAGAUCUUGGAGUUUGUGAAGACACAUUUUGCCAAGAUGAUUUUAACAUACCUGAUAUUGAUUUAUCUUUCCGCAACUUUGAAGACCUUUUUGGUGUUGAUCAACACCCGACCAGGGGACCGCUUGCUAGUAAAGAUGUUCCAAGCUCAUCUAUGAAGAAGAAGGCCUUCAACAACUCCAAUAAUGUUAAUGCCAUAUCAAUGGAGAUUUUAGGAUUUGGAGAUAUGGCCAGGAAUAAUAAUUGAAGAGCUAAAGGAAUGGGAAAUAAGGGAUCUGAUGGUCGGAGGCAACAAUACUCUAACAGGGUUAGUUCUAAUAGUCUUACAACGACAAAAGCUCCUGACAAGUACAGGGAACUUUCAAUCCUUACUGAAGGGAAUGAGUGAUCCUGUUCAACAAAACAUGAAGAGAUGGUACGACUGUUGGAAGUUGGGGUCUUCAGGUUGUCAAAUUAUGCUUAUGGAUUUUCUAUUCGUGACAGAGUGAACCCCAUAAGUUAUGUAGUCAGAGGGUUUUCUCGAAACCACCAUGGGAUCAUUUCUAUAUUUAUCCAAGAUUGCGCUCUCAUUUCUUCAUUUCCAUGGUGUCUUUUAAUAAGAUACAAUCUUCCAUUUUAAGCCCUAAGUUGUUGUGGAAUUGACAUUGAUCCCUAAAGCUACCUUCAAAACUACUAGACUUCAUAAGUGGUGUAGUUGUCAAACUUACAAUAUGGGCCUUGCCUUCUCCUAUCCUUGAAUGACUCAAAAUGAGAAGAAACAUUUCUUGACGAAUUGAAACUCCUUAGUGAAUUGGAAGAGCGCGAGUGUUGUUGGCUAUUAGAGUAUGCAAAUGUGUUAGGCAAGUUGUAUGUUAUCAAGACUAGUAUUCUGUUAGCAGAAGUUAGCCUACCUUCCUCAUGUAUAUAAACCAGUUCUCUAUACUGAUAUAAACAGAUUAACAAUACAAUAAUAUUUCAAUCAACUCUCUUUUAUUCUUUCAAUUUUCUUUUAGUUUGUUUUCAAUUUUAUAGAGCUACUAACAUGGUAUCAGUUGCCUAGUCCUAGUACCUGAUUUCUCUUUCGCAACAUGGCACCAUCAGUCGAUUCUAUCUCUGCUGAUCCUGUGAGUUAGACCUUCUCCAGCACACAUCUAAUCCAUUCAUUUCCG